AAUCAGAUCCUCGCCAUUCGCAGUCGAGCACAUCAAUCUGCACCCCUGACAAUCCGGGCGCCCUCAUACCUAGCGGUACUCAGACCUUCCCCAGUUUCAACGGUGCGCCCAGGACUCGGUACUGGCACAAGGACGCCAGGCGAGGCCCUCCACCUCCGUAGCACGCCCCGCACGCAGAUGUCGACAAAGCGGCCUCUGCAGCCCAACAAGAUCGACAGGGAGUUCGAGAAGGAGGUCGGCCAGAGGAAGCUUGAAGCCCGACCGGAGGAGGUUACCACCUCUUCCAGCGUCCGCCGUGUGCUGGAAGGAAGCCAGGCGCCGCCGGACGAGAACCCCGAUGUCAUGGUUGGGAUCAAAAGCGAGCUGAACACCGUCAAAGAGACUUUUGCAUUGGCCACAGUUCCCCGAGAGGCGUACGCGCUUGGGCUGGCCGGCACCCUCCCAUACCUGGGGACCUCGUUGUCCACCCUCUGGCUCGCCUGGAGCCUAAACACCGAAUGGCCAACGCGGUCGAUCUUCCUCAACAGCUUCCUCUUCAGCCACGAUUCGGCCACUCACUGGCUCCAGAUUCUGGAGCCCCUCCAGAUCGGCUACGGAGCAGUCAUCAUCUCGUUCCUCGGCGCAAUCCACUGGGGGCUCGAGUUCGGCGAGAAGCAGCCCAACCACAGCCGGACUCGGUUCCGGUACGGAGCCGGCGUCCUGGCACCAGCUAUGGCCUGGCCGACGAUCUUCAUGCCCACCCCGUGGGCACUGACCACCCAAUUCGCUGCUUUCAGCGCACUGUACUUCGCUGACUCGCGCGCGACCGCCAGGGGCUGGGCGCCGACGUGGUACGGCACCUACCGGUUCGUCCUGACGGCCGUGGUGGGCGUCGCCCUCCUCAUCAGCCUUGUCGGCCGUGCCAAGGUUGGCGAGGGCCACAUCCGCCUGUCGACGGGUGAAUUGGCGGAGCGCAUCAAGGGCGGCCCGGGCUCCGGUGACGGGUACAGGAACUGGGCCAAGGAGGAGGAGGAGGAGAGGAAGAGGAUCCAGGAAGAGAAGAAGAAGGAGGAGAAGAAGAGGAAGGAGGCCGAGAAGAAGGCCAAAGAAGAAGAGCAGAAGAAGAAGCGGGCGGAGAAGGAGAUCGCCGAAGGGUCCAAGUCCAAGCAGGAUUCGGGCAACAGAGACGAAGGCACGGAUGAGCAAGGCAAAAAGGAAGAGACGGGGGGGAAGGAGGGGAAGGAUUGAGGCUUCGCGCCAAGGUUCUGUUUCCGAAGUGUUUUCUCUAGGAAUUUCCUGAGGUUUGCGGCGAGGUGGGAGCUGCAAUAAUGUGCGCAAGGCUCACUGUUGUUAUGGUAGGAGCAGCUUGGAGCGCCAUGUGGCCGGGAGAGAAGCGAUUGAAAGGGACCUUUGGGCAGAAGGUAAUCGAGGCACCGAUGUAAUCAAGGGGAAAUGGCCUUAUUUCUCCAACCUUCUACUUUAUGGC